UGACCCGAGCGCCGAGUGACAGCCGCCGCCCGGAGCCCAGGGGCCUGCAGCGCGGCGCGAUGUCGGGGUGUGCGCUUGCGGUGUGAGGCGGCGGCGCUGGGUGGCGGGCCGGGUCAGGUCAGGGCCGCUCAUGGUGCCGCCGCGACUCCAUCGAGGGGCAGGAAGGCCAGGUGUUCUGAGUUCUUCACCUCUAUUUAGACUGAGAUCUGCCAGAUUUGCAGUCAUUGCCUUUGAGGAUCUCAGAGACGCGCUGGCAACAAGACUACAAAUGGUUUGUGUAUUUAUCAUGAACCGUGUGAACUCCCAGAACAGUGGCUUCAGUCAACGCAGGAGAAUGGCCCUGGGGAUAGUGAUUCUCCUGCUGGUUGAUGUGAUCUGGGUGGCAUCUUCAGAACUCACCUCGUAUGUCUUCACCCAGUACAACAAGCCGUUCUUCAGCACCUUUGCAAAGACGUCCAUGUUCGUCCUCUACCUUUUGGGAUUCAUUAUUUGGAAACCUUGGAGGCAGCAGUGUACAAGAGGAUUUCGAGGAAAGCCCGCUGCUUUCUUUGCAGAUGCUGAAGGUUACUUCGCUGCUUGCACAACAGAUACGAGUAUGAGUAGUUCUUUGAGUGAACCUCUGUAUGUUCCUGUGAAGUUUCAUGACCUUCCAAGUGAGAAGCUCGAGAGCACAAACAUUGGGACUGAAAAAACUCCCAAGAAGUCCCGUGUAAGGUUCAGCAAUAUCAUGGAGAUUCGACAGCUUCCAUCGAGCCAUGCAUUAGAGGCCAAGUUGUCCCGAAUGUCUUAUCCUACUGUGAAAGAUCAAGAAUGCAUACUGAAGACUGUAGGGAAACUUACUGCAACCCAAGUAGCAAAAAUCAGCUUUUUUUUUUGCUUUGUGUGGUUUUUGGCAAAUUUGUCAUAUCAAGAAGCACUUUCAGACACACAGGUUGCCAUAGUGAAUAUUUUGUCUUCAACUUCUGGACUUUUUACGUUAAUCCUUGCAGCUGUGUUUCCGAGUAACAGUGGAGACAGAUUUACCCUCUCUAAACUGUUAGCUGUAAUUUUAAGCAUUGGAGGUGUGGUGCUGGUGAACCUGUCGGGGUCUGAAAAGUCUGCUAGAAGAGACACAAUAGGUUCCAUUUGGUCCCUUGCUGGAGCAAUGCUCUAUGCUGUCUACAUUGUGAUGAUCAAGAGAAAGGUAGACAGAGAAGAUAAAUUGGAUAUUCCAAUGUUCUUUGGUUUUGUAGGUCUGUUUAAUCUGCUGCUCUUAUGGCCGGGGUUCUUUUUACUUCAUUAUACUGGCUUUGAGGACUUCGAGUUUCCCAAUAAAGUGGUACUUCUGUGUAUCCUUAUCAACGGCCUCAUCGGAACAGUUCUCUCUGAGUUUCUGUGGUUGUGGGGCUGCUUUCUUACCUCAUCAUUGAUAGGCACACUUGCACUAAGCCUUACAAUACCUCUCUCCAUCAUAGCCGACAUGUGCAUGCAAAAGGUGCAGUUUUCUUGGUUAUUUUUUGCAGGCGCUAUCCCUGUGUUUUUUUCAUUUUUUAUUGUUACUCUCCUAUGCCAUUAUAAUAAUUGGGAUCCUGUGAUGGUAGGAGUCAGAAGAAUUUUUGCCUUUAUAUGCAGAAAACAUCGAAUUCAGAGAGUUUCAGAAGACAGUGAACAGUGUGAGAGCCUCAUUCCUAUGCACAGCGUUUCGCAGGAGGAUGGAGCUACUUAGCUGCUGUCGUCUGUAGUCCAGGUGUGUAUUGCA